AUGGCCGUUGCGCAAAGGUUCCGCGUCAGUAUGUCCUGCGAGGCCGGCACGCCGCACCGGACGCCGGCCGCGGCGCUUCUCCUCCUGGGCUUCCUGCUGGGGCUCGUGUCAGCGUUACCGCUCCCGGGCAGGACGAACGGCACCUCGCUGGAGACGCGCUGGGAGACUCUGUUCUCCCGCUCGGUGCUGGGGAUCUCCGGGGAGAAGCCCGAUCAGAACUGGGAGACCGACUACCUGCUGGGCAUCAAGCGAGUGCGGAGGCUCUACUGCAACGUGGGCAUUGGGUUCCACCUGCAGGUGCUCCCCAGCGGCAGGAUUAACGGUGCACACAAUGAAAACCAGUACACUCUGAUAGAGAUCUCCACGGUGGAGCGCGGGGUGGUGAGCCUCUGCGGGGUGAGGAGCGAGCUGUUUGUCGCAAUGAACAGCCGGGGGAGGUUAUACGGAACGACAGUCUUCCACGACGAGUGCAAGUUCAAGGAGAGCCUGCUCGCCAACAACUACAACGCCUACGAGUCCCUGGUCUACAGAGGCUCCUUCAUAGCACUGAGCAAGCACGGCCGCGUGAAGAGGGGCAACAAGGCCACCACGGCCAUGACUGUGACGCACUUCCUGCCCCGAAUAUGA